AUGAUGCUGGCACGAGCUGCUGCGCGCCCGGUUGCGGGUGCGAGAGCUGCGGCUUUUGCGGCGUCGUCGGCCCUCCCCCGCCAGACAUUGCCGGCCGUAUGGGCCCGAGGAAUGGCCAAGGACAACAAGUCGAGGUUUAAUGCUCCAAAACAGUCACCGUCACAAAAGGCCGCUGCCGAACAGCAGCAGCAACUAAAGCAACCAGAUGCCCCGCCAUCACCACCACCACCACCGCCACCACCGUCGUCGGCCGCCGAGACAGAGGCCAAGUCAACCACACCCCAGGAACAGGAGCCCGAAGAACCGAUACCCGAUCUGUCCAAGCUUCCAGACCUGACACAGGGCAUCCCUUCGACUUUGGAAUACGAACGGGCCGGUGCUACAGACAAGUCCACCAUCGGAGACGAGGCGGCUUCGGAGGCCGAAGCGGCGGGUGCUGGGAGCGGUGGUGAUGGGGGUGGCAGCGGCGGGAGAAAGAGGCCAAAGGGUGAGCUUCCCGCUUCUGCCUAUGUCUCGUCGUCGGAGCGCAAGCGGAAGUGGUGGACCUAUUUCGCACUCGCCUCUGCUGGCUUGGGUGCUGUCGGAGGCACCGUGUAUCUGGGCAGGGAAUGGAGCGAGGAGGAGCUCGCCAAAAACCCCAGUGUUGGCAACGGCUGGAGUCUGGGGCUCUGGUGGAAGCGCGCCGUGUCACGCAUGACGGAGACUGUCACAUACUAUCAGGAGCCGUCAUUUGAGAAGCUGCUCCCCGACCCUGACCCGUCCUUUGAGCGUCCCUACACCUUGUGCAUCAGUCUGGAGGAUAUGCUGAUUCACAGCGAAUGGAGUCGUGAGCAUGGAUGGCGUGUGGCAAAGCGGCCGGGCGUGGACUACUUUUUGCACUACCUCUCGCAGUACUACGAAAUCGUCCUCUUCACCACCGUCCCCUGGGGCACCGGCGAGCCGCUGGUGCGCAAACUGGAUCCCUACCGUUUCAUUAUGUGGCCCCUCUUCCGUGAAGCCACAAAGUACAAGGAUGGCGAGAUCAUCAAGGAUUUGUCGUACCUCAACCGUGAUCUGUCCAAGGUGAUCAUCAUCGACACCGAAGCCAAGCACGUCCGUGCCCAGCCCGAGAACGCCAUCAUCCUCCCCAAGUGGAAGGGCAACCCCAAGGACAAGGACCUGAUCGAUCUCGUCCCCUUUUUGGAGUUUAUUCACACCAUGCAGUACGAUGACGUCCGCAAAGUCCUCAAGUCGUUCGAGGGCAAGAACAUUCCAGUCGAGUUUGCCCGCCGUGAGGCCCUCGCCCGCGCCGAGCAUCAGCGCAGGCUGGGUGCCAACAAGGUUAAGGCCUCGGGCGGCGGCAUCGGCUGGCUGAGCAGCCAUCUCGGCCUCAAGCCAAGCAACAUGAGCUUGAUGGUGACGGAGGGUGAGGAGAACCCCACCGAGGCGUUUGCCAAGGGCAAGAUGCUGCAGGACAUCGCGCGUGAGAGAGGCAUGCGUAACUACUUGGCGCUGGAGGAGGAGAUCCGCAAGAAUGGCGAGAAGUGGCUGAAGGAAGAGCAAGAGCUCCAGGAGAAGAUGCAGAAGGAAGCCAUGAAGAGCAUGAAGUCGUCCAUGUUCAGCUGGUUCGUCAAGGAUGAGGAGACAUCAGCCUCAUCCUCAACAGAUAGCACUUCGGGGCCCAAGACGGCGUAG